AUGAAGUUUGGUAUAGACAGAGCGAAAGGCCUGGACCGGUACUUGACCUCGUGGAAAAGCGCAGACGACCCUUCACCGGGUGAUUUCACAUAUAGGCUUGAUUCUUCGGGAUAUCCGCAGCUGAUCCUGAGGAACAGAUCGGUAGUGCAGUUCAGGUCGGGACCUUGGAAUGGCCUUCGGUUUAGAGGUUUCCCUCAGUUGAGGCCAAAUCCAGUUUAUAGCUUCGGCUUCGUCUUCAACCAAAACGAAAUUUAUUAUUACUUCAAUAUUCUGAACAGUUCCGUCCCAUCGAUGCUGGUUUUAAACGAGAACGGGAUCGCUCAGCGCUUCAGUUGGGUAGAUCGGACACAUGAUUGGAUACUGUAUUCGUCCGCCGAAACGGAUGACUGUGACACUUAUGCAUUAUGCGGAGGGAAUGGGAAUUGUAACAUUGCUAGCUCUCCAAAAUGCGUGUGCUUGACGGGGUUCCUGCCUAAAUACCCGAGCGACUGGGAAUUCGGGGAUUGGUCAAAUGGGUGUGUCCGGAGGACGGAACUGGAUUGCCAGGGAGGAGAUAAGUUUCUGAAGUACACCGAAGUGAAGUUGCCCGACACGAGGCAUUCGUGGUUCAAUGAGAGCAUGAACCUUCAAGACUGCGAGCAGAAAUGA